CUCUAGCCGUAGUCGCUCAAACCGCGAACGCCGGCACGCACGUCGUGCCUCAGUCCUCUCACACAACACGUUCGAUAACGCGCCCUAUUUAAACGCGAUACUCACGUUAGCUGUGCAAAACGAAACAUUCCCAAGUUAUUUACAACAAGUGAUAGCUAAUCAGUGAUUUGAAAAAUAAUGCCGAUAUUUUUCCAGCCCUGAUAGGUCGGCGCGCGACCCAAACCGGCUCCGUGGCCAUAUGAUCUGCACUGGACCCGCUCGAAACGCGCGACCCCCUCGAUCGGCUUGCAGUUACGAUGCGGAUUAAACACUAAAGUUCAAUUGCAAGACGGAUCUGAGGAUGACUCAGUAGACUUUCUAGUGUUUCGGUGUCAGUUUUGUGACUCGAUUUCGCCGGAGAUGUGAUUGUUGACGUUGUGUUCAAAUAUUGUGUUGAAAGAUAUGGCUGGUGCUAGUGAGGAUGGUGUGAGUGUGGAGGAUGUGCCCGCGCAGGAGACCCGGAGGCGAGGGCUCAGUGGCUCGAUGUCUCUGCGCACGCGCAAGCUUGGCAGGCGCCUCUCGCGCAGCAUGUCCAUCGUGGCGCUGAAGCUACCGGAGAAGGCGCAGAGCAUAACGCGAACCUCUUCAAAACUUAUGAGAUCUGGGAGCCGCGACAAAAAGAACAGAUCCUUUGAGCUAUCUGUCAUACUUCCUGACAAAGCCCAAAAACAGGUGACAGUAUGGGGCAACAGUACCGUCGCUGAAGUGGUCUGCGAGACGCUGCACGAAGCAGGAGUUGUGCUGACUGGAUCUCCAACAGGGCCGCUGUCAGCUCCUCAAGUUUUGCCAUUGGCUGAACCUCUACCACCGCCAGAAGCCACAAUCGCUCCCCCAACUGCUCUACUAUUCCUCGGAGGAUCCAAAGCACCAGUGGAGCCACGUGCUUCUGCUAUGUGUUUGGAAGGGGAAGUCCUAGUAGUUGAACAUGAGCCACAAGCGUGGGAUGGCAAAGACCUUGAAGUAUUUCUGGCGUGGGAGAAAAUUUACGCUUCAACUUUGUUCUCCGCACUUGAACUCUAUGGAAAGCCACUUUUACGCGCCGCUGUCAUUACCAAAGAAGAAUACCAUUUACUAUUUUAUUACCUGGAAUCAGUCUCUGAAGCUAGUGAGGCACUCACGCAAAGAAUGAGAAAAUAUAUCGAUUCGGGUUUACUUAAGAAUAAGAAAGAAACAGAGACUGAAGAACAAACCCAAGAAGACAAUGUACGUGUCAAAGAUGUAGAAAGAAAAAGCAUAUUAACAGAACUUAUUCAGGAGGGAAUACUUUCUCAACAGGAUAUUGACUUAUCUUCUCUUAUCACAGAUAACGAAUGUCCUGAUGAAAUUGUUAUGAAUAAUAAAUUAGACGACGAUAACAGAUCCAGCGUCUCGUCAGUAUGUUCAUCUUUUCGUAAAAUUGCUGUCGAUAUUCCAUUGGAUAGUUGUGACUCAGUUAUAGAAAGCCCUUCUAUAAUAGAAAGUAGUGACAAUGUUACGACUGUCACCAUCAGAAGCGGUGGUCAGUGUUGCGCAGAUCACAGGAUUUCUGCCGAUGUGACCGAUAACGUUUGGUCCAACGUUAAAUGGGAUUUCCUUAACCCCGCUGACUUUGGAUACGAUCAAGUGCCUAAUGUAAAGAGAAGUCGUUCUGACUCUGCCAUAACUGCUUUGCCAGUAACCAAAAUACGGAACGAAGAGCUGUAUGAAAAGUUGCACGAUGAGGAGGGUGAAUCGUGCGGGAGUAUGACACCAUAUGAAUCAAUAGAAGAUUUGUAUGACUGCAUUAAAAAGGCAGCCUACAACAAUUUAGCAGCUGAGGAAUCCUCCCCAUCAACAGAAUAUCCGCCCGAAGCACAUUAUCAAGAUUACUUCGAAAAAUCAAGUGCUACUCGUCAAAGUUCUGCAAGUAGCGAGAAAAGCGGAACCUCGUCUGCAUUUCCCUUUUCUAAAUGUGGUUCGAGCGAUUCAACAGGCGCAUAUACGUCGUGCGAGUCUACCAGCGGCGUUAGUUCUUUUAUACCAAAAAAUGUACCAGAGACCUUGAAAUGUCGUGAACUACCGCCGCCACCAGUAGAAAUUGAGAUGAACGAGAGUAUGAUAUUACUGAAGCAACUAUUUAUGGGUGAACUAUUGGAUGCGUAUGGAGAAUACUUGUCGGCUUACCCUUAUGCAAGGGCGUUAUUGCGGCGGAAGGCGAGACGGGAUGAACACUUCGUGGCGUUGGCGGAUAUCAGGCGAGGUGCGGCGAAGUACACCAUCAGUGACUAUCUGGAGUUACCGAUCGAGCGUCUAGCGCAGUACGAGCGGCUGGUGGGCGGCGGGUGCGCCCGGCGGCGCGCGGCUCGCCUGUCCGACUUGGAGCGCGUGCAAGACCUCUUUCCGCACGACUACCUCGCGCUGCAUGAUGCCGACGCGCCCGCAGCGCUGGCCUCGCACCAUGCACAGAAGUCGAAGAGUCUUCGCAAAAGGCCGAGUCUGGACAUCGGCGGCACAGUCAGCGGCAACAGCAGCUCCCUGUCGCCACGCACCUUCAUUAUGGAAGCCCCGGUCCAACUCUGCCCUUUGGGAUCGACGUCCCCACCGCUAGACCGCCAUCUGUUCCUCUUCAGUGACUUGCUCUUAGUUGGCAAGUCUAGAGGCACCAAUUGCUUUAAAUUGAAAGAGAGUGUAAGGCUGGCGGAACUGUGGCUGUCCAUGCCCGAAGGCGACGAUACCGGCUUCCUUAUCGGCUGGCCUGCUGUCACCGGUGUUGUGAACUACCUCGCUACCUACCCUACGCAAGCUGCCAGGGAUACCUGGUAUCGAAAAAUCCAAAAUGCAUUGACCGCGCAACUGGCAACGGAACCAAAGUCGACAAAUAUUCAGAUUUUCUACAAGGAUCUCGCAAGCUCAAUAGAAUUCUGUAAGACGGUAUCGAUAAGUCCCGAAAUGAGCGCCCGUUGCGUGGUCCGCCAAGCGCUGCACGCCCUCCAGAACGGCGGGGACGGAGAUGCGGAGCACGAGGGCGAGCACGAGGGGGACGAGGGGAGGUGGGGCGCCGCCAGCGACUUCACGCUCUGCGUACGCGCAGGACGAGAGGCACCCCCCGCCCCGCUGCAGGGCAUCGAAAGACCCCACGCUGUUCAGAUGUCACGCAUAAGACAAACUUUGUCAAGCGAGGAUGGUUUCGACUUAGAACACGUAAACGCAAAAAAUAACCCAUGCGGAUUGGUAUUCGAGUUACGAAAGAAAAAUCAAGGUUUGAAAAGUAACAGCAAUACCCCAGGGCGAGGUCUACGACUUCUCCGUCGAGGCGGAAGGCUUUUCGGCGUUGCGUUGACAAGAUUAUGUAACGGCACGCCUCCGCCCGCCCUCCUACAGGCUCUUCGUCGUCUGCGAGCCUCUGCUCCACUAACGCAUGGCGUCUUCCGCAGAAGUGCCAAUGCCAAGGCCCUUCGACUGCUUAGAGAUAAGUUGGAUACAUUGGGCCCGUGGGCGGAAAGCUGCGCAGAGCUGGACCGUGCACCAGUUCUGUUGCUAGCGGCACUCGUCAAAGAGUUCUUCCGAGCUUUACCGCAGCCCCUACUCUCCGCCGAACUAUAUCCCGCCUGGCUACAGGUUUUAAGUUUACCUCAAGCAGAGAAAGUAGCUGCCGUACGCUCCUUAUUGUUAAAACUACCAAAAUCUCAUUACAACAUGUUAACAUACUUCGUGUGCCUCUUGCAAGCCAUCGCAAAGAAAUCCAAUAUCAAUCUCAUGUGCCCCAUGAAUCUGGGCGUCUGUGUUGGGCCCAGUUUGCUUUGGCCCAACGUUCCCUGUGACAAAGCUCCCAAAGCAGUGCCAAUGGUUGUCGAACUACUUAUAGUUAAAGCUGAAGCUCUAUUUGGACCACAAAUCGCUGGUCUCCUCGGUAAUGGUAGCCCUGAAACCUCUAAUGCACUUCUCGAUUCUGGAGCAGAAGAAAGCGAUAGCCUACACUCAGUUGGAAUAUCACUUGAUUCGAUGGAAUUAUCGACUCCAAGAAAAGAAAAACUGUCGCUUAGCAGGGAUUCAGGGUUAACACUCUCAGAAGAUGACUCAAACAGCAACGGAGGAAACAGCCCAGCUCCUAGAAAUAUAUUACACAGCCUUUCUGCCCCAACUUGCAAUCUGCAGCAAGACCAAAAACUGCUAUCACGAUACACUACCGAUAAUCAUAAUGUCAAUGGUCUUCCUCAAAUUGCGCAACGGCAACAAAAUAUUUAUUCUAAUAAGGCUGAAAUGUAUAGUACGGUUAAUGAAGAAUUAUACACAAUGCCGUACAUGGGAGAAAGAUAUGUACACAACACUAUUAAUAUAGGAAUUGCGAAUGGUGUCGAUGAUAGAAAUUACGUUUCAAAAGCUGCAGUACAACGAUCAACAGCCGAUACCUACGGACAGAGUCCUGCGAAGUAUAUAACAGGUUUGGAACCGCAAAAACCACCCAGGAGCAACGUUUCAAAAGCGGCUAGAACUUCAAAAGUAUACAGUAUGUAUGCAGAAUCUCAAGAAGCAGACAAGAGUGUUCCCAUCAAAAACUUUAGCAGAGCAAAAAGUUCUGAUAAUUUAUUAGAAUCAAAACAAGAAGCAAUCGGUAGUAAACGGGAUAUUGUAUCAAGUCAAGAGAACAUCGUUUAUAGCAAUAUUCAUGAUCUUGCAAUGUUCACAGAAAAUAUUCAGCGACAAAACCAGUAUCAAUCACACGCAGAUAUUUUAUCUAAUAUGAAUUACUCUCGCGUUUACACCGGAUGGGAGAAAAAGAGCGCAAACUACAACAAUCAAGUGAAUCAAAGUUCAAACGAGAAAAUUUAUGGCCAAAUGAGCAAAAACCAAGGGGAGUCCUCGCAAAAUAAAUCAGAUGGAAAAUCAACACCGGCAGCCACCAUUUUUACUAGAAAUGACUGGACUCGUCAAGCAGCGAGGACGAAGAGUUUAGAGGUUAGUGAUGACGGACAAAGCAACGUUGCGGAUAAAACUCGCAAUGGCAGCUACGAAAUAAACGUUGUUAACUGUUGCCGUAAAAGACGGUUCGACCCCGCUCAUAUGUGCACAAAGAAUUGUAUAACCCUCUCGAUGGUGAAUAGCAGAGACAAAGAGAAACAGGCAGGAAAUUCACAAAGCACCUAUGCGUACAUUGACGACAUACACGGCAACAAUCCAGAGGAGACCAAGAAAUGUAGGGGUCGUAUUUACAGUAAUAAUAAACUGAACCAAUCAAAAUCAUUAGCGAACAUCAUUUUACAGAGCGACUCCAGCAGCAAUGAUACGCUUUAUCAGCCGCAAAACUCCUUUCACAGUCGCUCGACAGAAUCGACGGCGAGCGAGAAUUCCUUUGAGAAUUGCUACACAACCCAGUACAUUGAACCACUGUACACAUCUGUUUAUAACAGAAGAAGGGAUAUCUUUCACGAAGAAAAGAACAACAUGUUUCCAUCGGACAUUUACAAAGCGACGCCGACGUCAGUGCAACCCGAUUAUUCGUCUGAGAAAGAACAGAAUAACAAUAGCAAAAAGCCGCCUCACAUGCCCCCACCCGUGCCCCCCAGAAAAAUGGUUUACCAGAGAGUUCUAAAGAAGUUUCAGCCAGUUCAUGUGAAUAAAGAUGACAAGGCCUCUCGGUCUAAAUCUGUACCGCCCUUGUAUAGGGAUCCUCCUAAUGGUACAGAGAAAAAUGGACAAAACGUCGUAGCCCUUGUUUGUUCAGAAUCUGACACGGAAUCGGAGUCAUACGUAUGAACGCAUCAUACAAUAUUAUUAACAUUACUUUAACAUACUAGGGUGCAAUAGUAGUACUGUAUAACAUGAAUAGUUUGCAUGUAUUCGUAUUAAAUUCUAACAAUAUUUGAAGAUCUUAGGAUUAUUCAUGUAUUCUACUUAGAAAAUCUUUUGAACAAUGUUAUUAUAGUACUUCUAUUUAAUUUUAACGUAUCGUGUGAAUCCCGCCUUAAAUUUUCUAUAUAAUAUGUGACCAUAACCUGAGCUGUUUUGGUGAUGUAAUUCCAAAGACGUAAAAAUAAUUUGCGAACUUAAUUGUAUUAUGUACAGAUGGAUUUAAAUAGUACCUAAUCUUAUAAAGUACUUUAUUGUAGUACGUAGUGUAUUUUAUAGUUAUGACUUAUGACAGCAGCUACUUUUUAAAUUUUAAUCUUAACAAUACUUGUAUUUUAGUUGUUGUGUAUUGGAUUAUACGUAAUGUUAGCGUCUAUGUGUCAUGUAGGUAUGUGUUACGAGUUUCAAAAUAAAUUAUAAUAUAAUAUUGUAAAACAGAUAGAUUUGUAUAUAGUGUAUGAUAGUGUACCUAAAAUGUACCUAAAACAAUUAUUAAAAUACAUAUUAUGAUUUGUAAUGAUA